CGCCGCGCCGCUCCGCACGGCCCUGCCCCCCUGCCGCUUAUCGCGAGUUUGCGCAGCUGACAGCCGCUGGAGGCCGAGUCGCCGUUAAAAACUGGUGGUCGCAGCCGCGUCGUGCAGUCAGGCUCUGGCGAGACUCCGAGGAACUGCGGAACUAGGAGCGGCGGCCUCGCCGUGUAGCCCUGACUGCCGUUCAAUUGGCCGAGCGACCUACUGUGACCGCUGGUUUUGCUGUGCAUCCGUCCGCCCAGCGCUGGGCUUCCUCGCUUCUCUCUGCGUCGCUGCGAUUGCCUUUUCUUUAAUUUCGUGGACAGUGACAGUUUCUUGCCAUGAAUCUUUCGUUCGCUGGAUGUGGAUUUUUGGGGAUUUAUCAUGUGGGGGUAGCCGUGUGCUUCAAGAAAUACGCGCCUCAUCUAUUGUUGAACAAGAUUUCCGGGGCUUCUGCCGGUGCGAUUGCUGCCUGCGCCCUGCUGUGCGAUCUACCCAUCGAAGGGGCAGCCUCAUCAGUCACCCAGAGCAUCCCGGACACUCAAAGCCUUCGCAAGCAAGCCGCCCAUUCACAAGGGCUGAUCUUGAUGAAAGAAACAAAUGGGAGCAAGUUUUGCCAGACAAUGCACACCUUCUGGUAAAUGGCAAGCUUCAUAUUUCUCUCACUCGUGUGUAUGAUGGAAAAAAUGUCAUUGUUUCACAUUUUAACAGCAAAGAAGAUCUCUUGCAGGCUCUGUUAGCAAGCUGUUUCGUCCCGGUUUUCUCAGGAUUGCUACCACCUCGGUUUCAUGGCAUUCGUUAUAUGGAUGGAGGCUUUAGUGACAAUCUACCCACAUUAGACGAGAACACAAUCACUGUUAGUCCUUUUUGUGGAGAAAGUGACAUUUGCCCAAGGGAUCCUUCUUCUCAACUGUUUCAUGUGAAUGUUGCUAAUACCAGUAUUGAACUUUCCAAAGAGAACAUGUAUAGGUUUACAAGAAUUCUGUUUCCACCAAAACCUGAGGUCCUGGCCAGUAUGUGUCAACAAGGAUAUGAAGAUGCUCUAAGCUUUCUCCAUAGAAACAAACUAAUCAACUGCACCAGGUGUCUUGCUGUGCAAUCAACGUUUAUUCUCUCCAGCACCCCAGAUGAAAAUUUGGAAUAUGAUCCCCAAUGUCGAGAGUGUAAAAAACAUAGACAAGAAGCUAUGAUGGGAAAUUUACCUGACACAAUACUGACAGUAUUUCAAGAUGCCAUAGAAUCUGCCAAUAAAGGCCUUAUCAAUUGGAUUUUUAAACAUCGCAGUAUGAAACUUCUGUCAGUGCUAAGCCUUCCAUGUACCUUGCCAGCAGAUAUAAUAUAUGCAACUUUUACAAACUUUGUUGGUAACACUGUGCAGACCCGAUCGCAUGCUCUACGUGUAGUAGGCAAUGCCAGGCUACAAGCCAUAGAAAACUGUAGCUGUUCUGAAAACGAUGUUUCUAAUGAACUAACUCAUUACAGAUUUAUGAGAGCUGCUCCAGAUCUUGGAAAUAACUUGUUAGUUAUGAGCAAGUUCUUGGUGAAUCAACUAACCAUGAUGUUGAACAACCUCAGCCAAAGUCAGCAAUUAAGUGCAGAUGUUACAUGUCAAAUGUCCCUGACAAACUAUAGUGAUGAUAUGGAGGCAGAUGCAGUUGAGGAUUCUGGACCUCCCAAAAACAAUGUUAAUUUUAAUUUUACUUUAAAUUAUGACAACAGAGAGCUCCCGGGACAAAUAACACCACAAAGAGGAAUGUCCAGAUGGCCAAGUAUGACGGUUAAUAGACAAGGAACUGACAUGCCCAUGGAUAAUGAUACGUUUGAACACAUACUUCAAGUUACAUCACAUCAUGAAGCUGUAAUGGCUUUCUAUUAUAUGGACGAAGACAAUAAGGUUAAAGUCACUGAAAUAUUUGAUGUGACGGAUGCAGACACUUCAGCUAUGCUGUCUCCUGAAGAACGUGAAAAUAAUACAAGACUUGAAUUUGAUGGUGACUGGAAUGAACCCCUUGUUAGUACAUGGACAUCUCAACAGACUCUUUUUGAUGAUGACCUUGGUGAUGGUCAGUACAGCACUGGAGGAUUUUCAGAUGCAUCCUAUGAGGAUGGUUUGGAUUUAGAUAGUGGAAAUAUAUUUUCUGAUCCUGAAAGCGAGUGGAAUGCAAACACACAAGGAAAUGAACACAGACCAGAGAAAGCGUCAAGUCCUCUGUCUCUCCCAGAAUCUGAUCAACCAAAAGUAGAAGAAACUCAGAGAUCAAGAAAGAACUCCUUUGUAAUAAUGAAAUGAAGUAGUGGAAUUGGUGAUGGUGAUAAAUUGGCAGAAAGAACUCCUUGACUUUUUUCUGUGAAUAUAAAAUUGUGAUAUUUGUAAAUAAUGUACCUAAACAAUGCACUGAUUGGACCUUGUCCAAUGUAUAUAAGAUAAAUGCCUGGGAGACAUGCACAUUCCUUACACACUAAGUUUUGUUAAUAAUUUAAAUGUAAAUCUGUCAGGCCUUGUUUAAAGGAGUGGAGGAAUAUAUGCAAUGUGCUGCAUACAUUUUUUGCAAGUUUUUCGUGCAUGUAAAUCAGUGCAUAAAAAAGGACUGAAGAAUUUAAGGUUUGAUUUACAUCAAACCACAUACAACUGUGAUGAAAUGUACAUAAUUCCAUAAAACCUAUAAUAUAGGCUUUACUUUUUUAUAAUAAAGACAAUGUGAUAAGAACAUCUAGUUUUUCAUUUCAGUAAGAAUAUUAUCAACAAUCAUGGUAAAUGUCUGAUUCUAUCUUGAAUAAGUUCACU